GGGGGAGGAGAGGAGAUCUGACGCUGCUGCCUGUACUAAACACCAACACUGUCUGCAACCACAGACAGUCAGCAGCACCUCUGAAUCUCCCCACUGCACGAUUUCACACGUUGGAGCGCACUAACAUCGGUGUUUUCAUCUAUUUCAGCCCAACGAGCAUGGCGGAUUACUUGAUCAGCGGCGGCACAGGCUACGUCCCUGAUGACGGACUCUCGGCACAGCAGCUCUUCUCAAUCGGCGAUGGCCUGACAUAUAACAGAUCUGACCAACAGUGUGUUGUCUCGGAUGGUCAUACGGCCGAAGAGCUAUGCUCUAAAGGAGAUGGGUUGACUUACAAUGACUUCCUGAUUUUACCUGGCUUCAUUGACUUCACCUCAGAUGAAGUGGACCUGACAUCAGCUCUGACCAAGAAGAUCACCCUGAAAACACCCCUGAUCUCCUCCCCCAUGGACACCGUCACAGAGUCAGCCAUGGCUAUUGCAAUGGCGCUAAUGGGCGGGAUCGGUUUUAUUCACCACAACUGCACGCCUGAAUUCCAAGCUAAUGAGGUUCGCAAAGUCAAGAGGUUUGAGCAGGGCUUCAUCACAGACCCGGUGGUGAUGACUCCACGCCACACAGUUGGAGAUGUGAUCCAGGCCAAAGUAAGGCACGGUUUCUCUGGGAUUCCCAUCACAGAAACGGGAAAAAUGGGCAGCAAACUGGUGGGAAUCAUCACCUCUAGGGACAUUGACUUCCUCUCUGAGAAAGACCAUAACAAACCUUUGGAGGAGGCCAUGACUAAGAGGGAGGACUUGGUGGUCGCUCCAGCUGGAGUUACCCUGAAAGAAGCUAAUGAUAUUCUGCAGCGCAGCAAAAAGGGGAAGCUUCCCAUCGUGAACGACAAGGACGAGCUGGUGGCCAUCAUCGCCAGGACGGAUCUGAAGAAGAACAGAGACUACCCUUUAGCUUCAAAAGACUCACGCAAACAGCUUCUGUGUGGCGCCGCCAUCGGCACCAGAGAGGACGACAAAUACAGACUGGACCUGCUGGUGCAAGCUGGGGUGGACGCCGUUGUGCUGGACUCGUCACAGGGAAACUCGGUGUAUCAGAUCAACAUGAUCAACUAUAUCAAACACAAGUAUCCAGAGUUGCAGGUCGUCGGAGGAAACGUGGUUACAGCCGCCCAGGCCAAGAAUCUGAUUGAUGCUGGUGUGGACGCUCUGAGAGUCGGGAUGGGCUGCGGCUCCAUCUGCAUCACACAGGAAGUCAUGGCGUGUGGGAGACCCCAGGGGACCUCUGUGUACAAGGUGGCUGAGUACGCGCGGCGGUUUGGUGUGCCAGUUAUCGCUGACGGUGGCAUUCAGACUGUGGGUCACGUGGUAAAGGCUCUGUCUCUCGGAGCGUCGACCGUUAUGAUGGGCUCGUUGCUAGCGGCAACCACCGAGGCUCCUGGGGAGUACUUCUUCUCAGAUGGCGUGCGGCUGAAGAAAUACCGGGGUAUGGGCUCGCUGGACGCGAUGGAGAAAAGUAUCAGCAGCCAGAAGCGCUAUUUCAGCGAGGGCGACAAAGUGAAGGUAGCCCAGGGUGUGUCGGGUUCAGUCCAGGACAAGGGCUCCAUCCACAAGUUUGCACCUUACCUCAUAGCAGGCAUCCAACAUGGCUGCCAAGACAUCGGGGCAAAAAGUCUCUCUGUCCUCCGCUCCAUGAUGUACUCGGGGGAGCUGAAGUUUGAGAAACGAACCAUGUCUGCUCAGGUGGAGGGAGGCAUCCACGGGCUCCACUCUUACGAGAAGCGACUUUACUAAAUGGCCGAUGGAGUGAGUGAUGCUCAGUCUGACAGUGACCAAAUGUUAAAUCGCCACUUCUGCCAAAACCUGCACCACCCACUACACACCCGCUCUGCCUCCCCCCUGCAUCAAGCCCACUCCCACCUAUCUCACCCAGCUGACGUCGGGGAGGAGAGCGUCGUAGCAAACGGAGGCUCUUCAAACUGACAACCGACUCUGAUUACUUUGGACUUUACUCUGAAGAAGCAGGGCAUCCUGGUUAUUUUUCAGAACCACACACACACAUACACACACUUGUACCUUGAGUGUACUGCUCUCUCUCUGUUCUGUGUGCUGGUAGCUGUGAGAGAACGAACCGGUUGAAACGAGGUUUCUGUGUGAUCCAGAAGAAUCCGGACAAAGUGAAGGUUCACUGUGUUUAUCUGUCCUGAUAAGAAAUCUGCCUCGAUGCAGCUCAGCAGAGUCUGGUUCUGUCAUCCACACUUACCAAGCUGAUCCUGUCCCAGUUGUUCUUCAUACUUGUACAUAUGUGCAGAAAACAAGACGUCCUCUUCUGUGCAGUGUGCCGUUCUGUGACAACUCUGUAGUUUCUUUUUUUUUUCUGCAUUUAACCCCAAGUCCUCACAGGUGUGUAUUACUUGAGAAUCAGCUGCUUAUGACACCACGUAUGUUUACUGCGUCCUUCGUGCAUUUGUACGUAUGAAAUGUUAAUAACUGCACCAACGUCAGAACCCCAGCCCGCGGUCUGUUACUGUGAGUAUUAAUCUACCCCUCAGACAAGCUGAGCCAAAUAAUCCCAGUCCCAUCUCAGUGCAUUGUGUUGGGAUGUUGCACGUGGAAGGGACCAAUACCUGAAGAUUGUGUAUAAAGAGUUAAAAUCACAGCAGAAGAGUUGGCGGGAAAAACUGUUUCUUUGAGUAACUUGGAAGUUUUUGAUUCAGAACCUUUUUAAUGAACUUGCUUAAUCCCGGCACCUUUGGAUCGAGCAUGAAGGGUUUUUAAGAAUGCAUGUUGUUAUUUUUUUUUCACCAAGCCAAUCGUGGCUCAUAUUUAUAUUCUGCUUUAAUUGCAUACGUACUGCCGAGUGUUUACACUUCUUCUGACACUCUUUUGUAACUAAAAACCAAAACUAAUGCAGCAACAUUUACAUGAUGUCUCUGGGUUGUUCUAUGCCAUCAUGGUCUGGCAUAGAUGAUAAGUUUUAUAUAUUUAAAUGUUUCAGUUUUUUUUUUUCACCAGAGGUAUGCCUUGAACAGAUAACGGCUGCACACGACAGCUCAGUGAAAUUCUAUCCACACGCGUUUCGCCACAGACCUUCCCAUCUCUUCUGUUUGUCGUUCAGGUUGUGUAACAAAUGUCAUAUUUAAUGCCCCUGCCAUUUUUUUUUCAAUAAAUGUCCAAAAUGCUUAAGCAGCUCUUUCCUUUUAACCUGUUAAUGUAGUUUUUUUGACCUAACCGAGGGCUUGUGACUGGAUUUGGUUCGAGGUGACCGCUGCUUGUUUUUAGUUUCCCACUCAUUCAAGUUAUUCAUCAUUUUCUGUUUUAGUUACCGAGUUCCGCCGGUCCUACCAAAAUAAGCACAAGUAAACAUUUCCUUUUAUAUUUUUUGUUGCAUUUUUGUCUGCCAACAGCAGCCAGAAGGUGUCGGCUUCAGCAGCCAACUCCCAGGUGUUGUAGGAAAGCCCCGUUAUUUGUAGACUAAUGAUGAAAAACUGUUUAGUGAAUCCGUUAGAGGAUAGAAAGGAACAUCAUUUGGAGACAGGUUUACAGUGAGUUACUCAUCUGAGGAAAGUUGCUUUUGCUGUUUAAUAUGUUAAAGAUCAAUAAAAGCAAAAUACUGUG